AUGGCUAAGUUGGUUCGGUCGCUCUUCUUCCUCACGCUUUUAGUUACUUCUUCAUUCUCAACCCCAACUCCACAACCCUGCUCAACCCACCACUUCCCUGACCACAAAUCCUUUGCAGCAUGUAAUGAUCUACCGGUUCUAAACUCCACCAUUUACUGGAACUAUUUCCCAUCCAACGGAACAGUAGACCUUGCGUUCAGAGCAACCCUAGUUGGCGAUUCAGGAUGGGUGGCAUGGGCGAUAAACCCUAGCUCCAAGGGUAUGGUUGGCUCGCAGGCCUUCGUCUCUUUUCAAAGAAGAGACGGAACCAUGGCCGUGUACACAUCCCCUAUAAAAAGCUACGGCACUCGCUUGGAGAAAGGGAACCUCACCUUCCCGGUCUACGCCUUGUCCGCAGUUCACGAGAACAAAGACAUCACCAUCUUUGCCACCCUAGGGCUCCCUAACAAUGUUACAACAGUGAACCAGUUAUGGCAACAAGGGCCUCUGCAUGGUGAUACACCAGGUAUGCACAAGAUGUCCGGCCCUUACCUUAAAUCCUAUGGCACCUUGGAUUUCCUUUCCGGCAAAGUCGAAGCAACGGGUGCACAUCACUCUAUGGUGUCCAUGAAAAUCGUCCAUGCGGUACUAAACACCGUUAGUUGGGGUGUACUAUUGCCAGUAGGAGUGAUCGUGGCUCGGAACUUCAAGAUGUAUCCAGCAUGGUUCCCCGUUCACCUUACAUGCGUAAUAUCGGGUGUUACUUUUGCAGUUUUUGGCUUCGUAACUGGAUCUAUACUCGGCUCCGAAUCUACAGGGAUCCAAUACAAAGGUCACAAAAGCAUAGGCUGGACCCUGCUCUUUCUAAGCAUAGUCCAGGGGAUGGUUGGGUUUUAUCUCCGCCCUGAAAAAGGAGACAAAGAUAGGUGGUUGUGGGAUCUGUUCCACCGUGCCUUGGGUUACACGUUACUCAUCCUCGGCCAAGUAAACAUCUUCAAAGGGUUUGAUAUAUUGGAACCACCAAAGCCGUGGAAGUAUGCCUACAUAGGGGUUCUAGCUUUGUUGCUGUUAUUUGGUGCAGGAUUGGCAUGCUACACCUGCUUCACACAAUGGAACAAGAAGAGAACUGAAGCUUCGAAGACACAACUGGAACAAAGCGGGGAAGGAAUUGUUUGA